CAGUUUUGAUCUAAAACAAGUUAGACCGCCAAGCCCAUGAUGUUUUCCCUUGCCCGUCUAAAUGACUCGUUGCGUGGGACUCGAUUCUUCUUUCCGACUCUAUUCCCAUUCCCGAUCAUUUGAGGCCACCUUGAACUUGAGUUUACGCGUGCGCGAUCCCUGAUGCCGCGAUAAUGAGAAAAUAAUCCAUUGGUUGCUUGCUGGGCUGGUCGGCCGACUGACUGACGUACGGACAGGCCCGCUGAAUGAGUUCUGAGUUCUUUUGACUGAAAGAGGGACCAUAGCAAGGAUUGGACACCACGCUGACCAUCUAUGAUUUGACUGGCGGAACCACUACACGAAUCGUUACGAAUCGUUUUGGCACCAAGAGGACGGCCGAUCAGGAGUCUUUGCUCGUCUGUGAUAUCCAGGACAUUCCAAGCUAGCUCCAAUCUAAAGUCAACCAACCUUCUUGUGAGUAGUGGUGUUGGUGGAGGUAGGAUCAAGACUAUCACAAGACGGAAUUGGAGGAAGAGAUUGUCAGAUUCAGCAGGGGUGGGCUCAUUCAUUGAAAGCGAUUUGUUUGGCUCCAUGAAAACAGCAUGUAGAUGAUGAUGCAUCAUGAGCCUAGUAGCUGCUCCAUCCACGUUUAAUCGUGUGUUCUGUGGCGGUGUGUGCCUCUUGAGUCGGGAGUUUGAGUGUUAGUUGACAAAUGCUUUCCUUUGAUAUGAGUCCAGCGCCUCGAUUGAGCGAUCAUGAUACCUGAAUGAAAUCCUCGUCAAUCGCAAACAAGUGCCCUAGCUCACCAAGUGGUGUUGGACGUGUUGGACUGAUAGUGAAGUGAUGGAGGUCCAUGCUGAUAGUGAAGUGCUUCCCGCUCAAGAUUCACGGAGUGAUGUGCAAGAUGAUGAUGAAGAAGAACAGGAAGAGGAGGAAGAAGACGUUUUGCAGGUGUAUGAGACCAAAGGCUAUCUGUUGAGGACUAAGACGGCCCUGACCUUGCUGGCUGUCAUCUUCUUUGGCUCAUUUGCCUCGCUUAUCGCCAUCUACAUGACUUAUCCCAGCUUUACAGAGGAGGAGUCGCAAUAUCUACAAUUUCCAACGGAUUUCGAUAAAGCGAAGAAACUUGGGCUUGUUCUGUCAAAUUAUAAGGAUAAAUACUAUUACCAGGUAUUAGGUGGAGUUAUUUUAACCUACACCUUCGUCAUGAGCUUCGGUAUUCCUGGAGGGAUGUUGAUGUCGUUGGUGUCCGGAUUCCUUUUUUCAUUUCCCUUGGCUUUACUUUUGAGUUGCUGUUGUUGCACUGUUGGAGCCACUCUUUGUUAUUUGUUGGGCUACUUAUUAGGGAGGAACCUUUUACUCCGGUUCAUGCCUCAUCGACUUGCUCAAUGGUCCAAAGCCGUCCAAAACCAUCGUCACAACCUAUUCUUCUACAUCUUAUUCCUCAGGAUCACGCCAAUCGUGCCGAACUGGUUUGUCAAUGUGACCUCAUCGGUGAUUGGAGUGCCGUUGUACAUGUUGUCGGUUGGAACUUUCAUCGGCGUUGUCCCACCCUGUUGCGUCUGGAUACAGGCCGGAACAACGUUGCAGCAUUUGAGUACGGCGUCAGAAGUGAUUUCCUUGGAGGCAGUGGGCGUGAUUGUAGUCCUCGCCUUGAUGAGUGUUGUACCAGUACUGAUCCGAGAGAGGAACAAGAUCGCCAAUUUUUGUCAAACCUGCCCCAGUCGAUUGAAAUCUUCACGGUGCGGAAAGUGUUGUGGGAGAUCGAAUGCGAUCACAGAGGAGCAAGAAGUCGUGGUCGAGGAAACGAAGCCGACAAUCAUCAUCACUUCUGAUUAAUGCAUAGAUUAGUACCAUAUUGUACCUGAGAACUUGUCUUACGCUUUUGAAACCAUUUUGCUCAUCAAUUAACUAUCUGAAGAGAAAUAGAAAUUUUUCCUUUU